AUGUCAACCGAUGAGUUUUAUUCAGACAGAAAUGAUAGUCAAUCCGAUGAAACCUAUGCAACACCAAUUAGUCCUUUAUCACCACAAGAAAAAUCUCCACCACCUCCACCUUCACAACAACAGCAGCAGCAACAACAACUACUACCAUCACUCUUACUAACAUCAAUAACAAGUUUGAAUGAAGAAAAAGAAGACUUAAAUUCUAUUAAUGAAAUGCAAACAUUAAUGCAAUCGUCAAAUGAUUUAACAUUUCCGUUAGAAGAUUCUUGGACAUUUUGGUAUUUUAAAAAUGAUCGCAUGUGUGAUUGGAAAGAUAAUUUAAUUCAAAUUACAACAAUAUCAACAGUCGAAGCUUUUUGGUCCGUUUACAACCAUUUACAGUCAGCUAGUCGACUUGGUCAAGGUUGUGAUUAUUUUCUAUUCAAAACACAUAUUCAACCAAUGUGGGAAGAUCGAUACAAUCGUUCCGGUGGUCGAUGGUGUUUAAAUUUAAAUAAGAGUCAACGAACAAAUGAACUUGAUACAUAUUGGCUGCAUACAUUAUUAUCACUAAUCGGUGAUCAAUAUGGUGAAGAUGCACAUAAUGUUAAUGGUUGUGUAGUGUCAGUUCGCAGUAAAGGUGAUCGGAUAAGCUUGUGGACACGAGAUUGGAGAAGUGUUGACGUCACAAAGCGCAUCGGAAGUCGUUUUCGUGAAGUUGCUGAUAUUCCUCGUUCAAUGCAAUUAAUAUUUGAAAGUCAUGAAGAUCAAGAGUCAAAACGUGGUGCAUCGUCGAAAAUUCUUUUUCGCGCUUGA